AUCCACAAUAGCCGGUUCUCGUCGGCAACUUUGCGUGGGGGUUCCCGAGGAAUCUGGGGUAGACAGUGUGGGCAUAAAUCCCUUCUUUUCUCCCUCUUCCACUGUCUUUCGUUUAUAUCGGCAUCUUCUCCCAAGUCAAACUCGUCUAAUCGACGAUCAAUCCGCCACCCAAAAUGGUGCCCACCCCACAAACCACCCACAAUGAAGGCACCGACACCGCAAAGCCCGUCGCUCAGUACAUCCAAACCGUCCGUGUCCCGCUCACAGAAGAAGACAGCAAACGCAUCCGCCGCAAGACCGACCGAACAAUCCUCGUCGUGCUCUGCUGGGUGUACUUCCUCCAAAUCCUCGACAAGACGGUCCUUGGCUAUGGCGCGACCUUUGGCCUAAAAGAGGACACAGGCCUGACGGGCAACCAAUAUUCGCUCGUGGGUUCGAUCGCGCCGAUCGCGCAGCUAUGUUGGCAGCCUUUCUCGACUUGGUUGAUCGUUCGUGUCCCCCAUCGCAUUCUGGCACCAUGCCUUGUGGCUGGAUGGGGUAUCGCACAGUCGUGUAUGGCGGCUUGUCAUAGCUUUGGCGGCUUGAUGGCGACGAGGUUCCUGCUUGGAUUGUUUGAGGCGGGGUGUUUGCCGCUGUUUAGUAUUAUCACCGCGCAGUGGUAUCGGCGUGCUGAGCAGCCGCUGCGUGUUGCGGCGUGGUAUAGUACCAACGGACUGGCUACCAUCAUUGCUGCGGCGCUGAGUUACGGCCUUGCGCAUAUUCAGUCGGAUAUCCUCAAGGAGUGGCAGAUUAUCUUCCUCUUCGUCGGCCUCCUAACCGUCAUCUCCGCGCCCUUCGUCUACUGGCGGCUCGACAACGACAUCCCCUCCGCGCGGUUCUUGACAGAGCAAGAGAAACUGCAAGCGAUGGAGCGCCUGCGCGCAAACCAGACGGGCACGGGAACGCGCGAGUUCAAGCUCAAGCAGGUCUACGAGGCCUUCCUGGAACCAAAAACGCUUCUCUGGUUUGGGAUGACCUUCCUGCUUAACGUCGGGGCCUCAGUUACAAAUGUCUUUGGACCACUUAUCCUUUCAGGCCUGGGCUUCGAUAAGUACCGAACAACCCUACUAAACAUGCCCUUCGGCGCCCUCCAAUUCAUCAUGAUCCUCUUGUCAAGCUACCUCACCCAAAAAGCAAAGAUGAAGGGCAUCGUGCUCGCAAUCUUCAUGGCCCCCGUCGUCGCCGGCCUCGCAGUCCUCUACGCCCUCCCCAGGAAUGACUCCGUCCAGGGAGCCUUAAUGGCCGGCUACUACCUCCUCGCCUUCCUCUUCGGCGGCAACCCACUGGUCGUCUCGUGGAUCGUCGCGAAUACAGCAGGGCAGACGAAGAAAUCGGCCGUGAUGGCGCUGUACAAUGCUGCGAGCUCCGUGGGGAAUAUCGUGGGCCCGUUACUGUUUGAUGAUAAGGAUGCGCCGGCGUACCAGCCUGGGUUGCGGGCUUGUCUGGGGAUUUUCAUUGCGCUGGUUGUUGUUGUUCUGAUGCAGUGGGGAAACUUGGUCUGGUUGAAUAAGCUCCAGGGGGAUAAGCGCGUUGCGAAUGGAAAGGAGAGGGUGAUUGUUGAUCGGUCGAUGAUGGGGAGUGUGGAGGUGGCCGAGGGUGUCGAGGAAGGCGCCGGAGAAGAGGACGAGGUUGCGGCCAACGGCGGGUUCCUGGAUCUGACGGAUCGAGAGAACGAUGAGUUUGUUUAUAUUUACUAGAUCACGGUAGUUUGAAGCGCAUUUAUGUCCAUCGAGUGGUG